AAACAACAUACAAAGAAUACAACUCAAACAAAUUUUUUUCAAAACUGAUAAAUGAGGAACGUCGUUAGUAAAACCCGCACAAUCUUAGUGCUCGUAGUGACACUUUUGAUUGUGAUUGCGUAUCAUGAAGGGGAAGCAAUACAGUGUUCGCAGGUGAAUAUGUACUUAGCACCAUGUUUGCCUUAUCUACGAGCUGGAGGAAACCCGUCGGUACCGUGUUGCGGAGGGCUGAACAGUCUAAAAGCAGCGGCGCCAGGGAAACCGGAUAAACAAGCAGCAUGUCAAUGCUUGAAGAAUGUAGCUAAUGCAAUCCCCGGAAUCAUUGACGACAAUGCCAAACAACUCCCUGCUAAAUGUGGUGUUAAUUUGGGUGUCCCUUUCUCUAGGAGCGUCGACUGUAACAGCAUAAACUAAAAAGAGGACGACCAACGGCCAUGCAGCUAUAAUAAAAGUGGAUAUCCUGAAAGAGCAAAAGCCUUAUGAGCAAGUUAAUUGAAUACUUUGUUAUUAAUCUUCUCUUUAUCAUCUCUAUACUUUAUACAUGUAAUCAUAUAGUUCUUGGCAAAUAAAAUGUGGAAUUCU